CACAUGAUGUGCCAAUACCGUUCCACGCUAUGAAGAGAGUGCUUAAUGUGCCAAGUUUCGUUUUAUUUAACGGUCAUAAAAUAAUGCUGAUUAGAGUUAGAUGUAUACCUAUAUUUGCGUAUAGUGAAGGCAGUUACUUAGUUAAGAUUUUGAUCCUAAGUAACCUUGUUUCUGGUUGCAAUAUUGCGCAAUCGCUCAUCCUACUGCUCCUGGGUUAUACCGCGGGCGAGGCUCGGACACAUUUGGUCGAAGAGAGCAUGUUGCUAGUGAAGACCACAUACCACGGGUCCCCGGGGCACGGGCACUUCACCCAAAAGUCCAAAAGCAUUGUAAGGCUGAUUCUUGUACGAUUUUGCAGAAGUAGUUUGAUGACAUAUCCUGACGUGAUGCCGCUCGCAAGCGUCGCGUAUGGAUGGGUUGCGGUGUAGGGUCACGGAGCUAUUGUAGUAAAUCGUCACUCGCGUAAAAGCCGAGGUUGACCGAAGCUACCCACGUACUAUUCCGCCGUACGCUCCGCGUCGUGAACAGCAGUGAGCACUCGACUGGCCGUCGUCCGACCGGCGUCGGCGCGCCAGUCACCGCUGCCAGGAGGCAGCUGACUACAAUAUUAUAUGGCUUGUAACAUAUUAUAAUAAUAUGACAAUGUAGUAAUGUAAAUAGUACAUACCUACACCAAAGCCGAUUUCGAUUUCAAUAAAUGAUGUUAUGUGAUACGUAUGAGUGUGUAAUCUAGCCAGUAUUACUGUAGUGUACUUAGAUGUAAGGAGAGUACUAGUCGAGCUGCUGGUGCUGGGGCUAGUCGUCCCUCGCUUCUUAACGGGAUGUGGCUCAAAUAUCCUAUUGUUUGUACUUUAAUAAAUGUUAUGUUCUAACGAGUAGUUUUAAUACUAUUAAAUCGCAACUUGCAGACCAGAUGAGAGUUAUACGCAAGAUUAAUAACAGGUUGGGGAAA